UCGAAGCGGCGGCCGGGAGAGGAGUCAGCGGCGGCCAUUACGAGGCCUCUACCGCUGUUCUCUGAGGGGCGAAGCGAGGUCGGCCGAGGGCCCUCCGGAGAAAGAGAGACCCCCGCGAAGCGGCCGCCGCUUCUCCGACGCCGUCAUGUUCAAGAAGCUGAAACAGAAGAUCAGCGAAGAACAAACCUCGCCCGCCCCUCGGAGCCCGGCCCAGGGACCCUCUACAACUCCACCUCCAGUAGUCAGGAGCAGAACAUCUUCACUUGUAGAGCAAAAUGACGAAGGUGCUUUAACACCCAGCAAAGAGCUGCUAGCUGGGAUGAUAUCAGAGCCUGCUUUUCUUUCUGAGUAUACUGUCUUUGCUUUGGAUCCCACCAAACGACCUAAGCCACAGAGUAAGAGUGUGAAUGUAUCUAAGCAAGUAAUGCCCAGCACUAAUAACAGCAGAAGUGAAAUGUCUUCCUCACAGCCUGGUGAUGCCCAAUCUUUUGCACAGAAGCUGCAGUUUAGGGUUCCUUCAAUGGAAUCGUUGUUUCGAAGUCCCUUAAAGGAAUCUCUGUUCCGCUCCUCUUCAAAAGAAUCUUUAGUGCGGACUUCUUCCAGAGAUUCACUGAACAAACUGGACUUUGAUACUCCUGGCCCAACAUUUGAUCCACCUUCUGAUGUUGAAAGUGAAACAGAGGAAUUGCCUGGAAAUGUGGACAGCCUUCCCAGGGAACAGUUGUUGCAACGACUGCGUAGGAUGGAAAGAAGUUUAGGCAGCUACAGGGGGAAGUACUCUGAGUUGAUCACUGCCUUUCAAGCUGUGCAAAGAGAAAAGAAAAAGUUACAGGGAAUAUUGAGCCAAAGUCAAGAUAAAGCACUUCGUAGAAUUGGCGAACUGCGAGAGGAACUCCAGAUGGAUCAACAGGCCAAAAAACAUCUUCAGGAAGAGUUUGAUGCAUCACUAGAAGAAAAGGACCAACUUAUCAGUGUCCUGCAGACUCAGGUAUCAUUACUGAAACAACGGUUACAGAAUGGGCAAAUAAGUAUUGAACUGCCUGAUCCAAAUGUUCAGACUCAGUCACAACUUCAGAGUCCAACAAGAGACACAAGUACAGAGAAUGCCUUGCAGCUGGGGAGUCCUGGUGGCGAUGGAGAUACUGCUAAAACACUUGAAACUCUUACUCAGCGAGUAAAACGUCAAGAGAACUUGCUUCAUCGAUGUAAAGAAACAAUUCGAUCACAUAAAGAGCGCUCAGCUCAGCUAGCUAAUGAGAAAGAGGCACUGCAGGAGCAACUAGAUGAAAGACUUCAGGAACUAGAGAAAAUGAAGGAUCUUCAUAUGACUGAAAAGACAAAACUGAUUACUCAGCUACGUGAUGCUAAGAACUUGAUAGAGCAACUAGAGCAAGAUAAAGGCAUGGUAAUAGCGGAAACAAAACGGCAAAUGCAUGAAACACUGGAAAUGAAAGAAGAAGAAAUUGCCCAGUUGCGGUCUCAUAUCAAGCAGGUUGUUCUACAAAGUGAAGAGUUAAAAGAACAGAAAGAAAAGUCUGAAAAAGCUGCAUUUGAAGAACUUGAAAAAGCUCUCAGUACAGCCCAAAGGACCGAAGAAGCACGCAAGAAAUUGCAAGCAGAGAUGGAUGAAAAGAUAAAGGCUGUAGAAAAAGCCAAUGAGGAAGAGCGUGUGACUCUUCAACAGGAGUUAACAAGAGUGAAGCAGGAGGUGGUUAAUAUUAUGAAGAAAUCUUCAGAAGAACGAGUUGUUGAGCUUGAGAAACUGCAUAAAAGUGAACUGGAUAGGAAAGAACAGAUGUUAAAUGAGAGAUUACAAGCCCAGGAUCAGGCUUUGCAGGAACAAAUGAAAACAGCGCUUGAAAAGUGUCAGAGGGAACAUCUACAGACUAUACAAGAAAAAGAACAACAAGAAUUGUUGGCCUUAGAAGAACUGGAGCUACAGAAAAAAGCAAUUCAGCUGGAAUGUGCUAGAAAACUUGAGGAGAUGCAACAAGCAGUGGAGACCUCCAAAACAAGAAUUCUGGAGUUGGAAAGUUCCCUUGCAAAAAGUUCACAAAAAGACAAAUACCAGUUGGAGGAUUUGACUACUCAGAUAGAAUCAGAAAGAAAUAAGCACAACAAAGAAAUCACUGCCCUAGUUGAAAAGCAUAGAGAAGAACUUGAGAUGGUGAAGCAGAAAGAACAUCAGUUUUGGACAGAAAAACUUAACAUGUUAACAGAGGAGCAGCAUUCAGAAAUGGAGAAACUGAAAAGACUUCAUGAAGAAGAAGUAUCCAAACUGUUAAAAGAGAAAGAGACUGUAUUUCAUGCCCAUAUAGAAGAGAUGAAUGAAAAAACAUUAGAAAAGCUUGAUGUGAAACAAACAGAACUAGAAGCGCUCUCUUCUGAGUUAUCAGAUGUAUUAAAAAUACGUCAUGAUCUUGAAAAAUGCCUGACCACAUUACAAGAAAAAGCAGAUAAAGAAAAACAAGAGUUUGAAGCAAAGCUGGAAGAACAAAAAAAUAAUCACAAGGAACAAACUGAAGUAAUUAAGAAAGACUUCAAAGAAGAAAUUAGUCAGCUCCAACUACUUUUGGAAGCAAAAGAGAAAUGCCAAGAGGAACUGGAAGAGCAAAUAAAAACACUAAAGGAAUCUCUAGUAAAAGCUGAAUCUGAAUGUAAAAAAAUGUCUGCAGAAGUGGAUAAUCUUUCUCAGACCAGAAAUGACAAUGCCAGAGAAAUUGUAAAAAGUGAAACCCAGCUGAAUGAAGUCAAAGCAGAAUUAGACUCUCAAGUUUCUCAGGUACAUCAUUUGAAUUGUGAAAUGGAAAAGCAGCAGAUUGAAAAUAUGCAGAAAGUAUCCUCUCUAACAGAACACUAUGAAUCACAGUUAAGAGAUCUUAGAGAAGAGGUCAACCAGGCAAAGAGUUAUUGUAUUGUGAAGGAAAAUGAGCUUCUAGAAAUGAAAGAACUCUUGAAUCAACAAAUUGAUGAGCUAAGACAGCUCUUAUCAGCCAAAGAAGAGGAAAUUGGUGCCUUAAAAGAUGAAUAUGAAAACAAAUUAAAACAUCAACAGACACAAACAGACAAGAUUAAAGACAAAGCAAGAGAGAUGCAAGAAAAAUUCAAGAAGAAGCUUUCAGAGCAGGAAGCAAAACUGAAAAAGGAAAUAGAAAACAAACAAUUGGAGUUUAGUCAGAAAGAGCAGCAGUUCAAUUCAAAAAUUGUAGAAAUGGCUCAUGCUAGUUCAACUGGAAUCAGUGAAGCUGUAUCAAAACUUGAGAUGAAUCAGAAGGAGCAAUUAGAAAGCCUAGCUAAAACUCAUAGACAAGAACUAGAAGAAGUUGUACAAACGUGGGAAAAGAAGCUAAUUCAGCAGGCUGAGGAGCUUCAGGAAAAGCAUGAAAUGGAGUUGCAGGAAAAAGAACAGGAAGUAGGAGACCUAAAGCAGAAACUGGCCACCUUCAGUGCUGAAAGAGAAGGGAAUAAUGCAGAGAUUACCCGUUUAAAGGAUGAACAAACAAAAAGGGACAUAUCCAUGAAUGAACUGAAAGAGCAGCUACAGCAUGCUUUAGAUCAAGUGACUAUUUUGACUAAAAAAGAAACAGAUCUGAAAAUCCAGCUUGCAAAACUUGAGGAUGACCUUAGUUUAUCUUUAAAGGAAAAAACAGCAGUUCAGGAACAGCUUAAUGAAAUAAAAGCAGUAGAAGAAAAAGAGAAGAAUAAAAUUAGUGAAUUGGCUGAUAAAUUGAAAACAUCUGAUGAGCAGCUUGAGGCUCUGAAAUGUUCCCAUUUUAAAGAGAGUGAAGAUUAUAAAAAAAAUCUUGAGGACAAAAAUGUGGAGCUUCAGCAAAAAAAAUCUGAAUUUGAGAAGCUCGAAGCAGACACAAUUAAACAAUUGGGGGACUACCAGCAGAAGGCAGAAACUUUACUGCAGACAAAAACCAGCGAAUUGAUAGAAAUGUGUAAUGAAAAGUUUUCUUCAAUAAUUGUUAGAAUUGCACAUUGUCAGGAGCAGGCAACAAAAAUUAAAGGAACAAUAUUAAUUAAAAUGUUUCAAAUUUCUGACCUAGAAGCUCAACUUAAAGAAAUAACAGAAAUCAAUUGUACUUUAAAUAGGACUUUACAGGAAAAGGAAAAUCUGAUGACAUCUAUGAAGGUGGAUAUUGAAAGACUUACAACAGAGAAAGAGCAGUUGCAAAAAGAAGAAGGAUACCAGCAGCAAGCAGCAAUGGAAAAAGAAGCACUCACCAUGCAGCUGAAGAAAGAAUUAUCUGAGCAUAUUAAUGUUAUCACUUCCAUGAAGGAGGAACUGAGUGAGAAAAAGUCAGAGAUUGCAGACCUUAACAGACUUAUUAGUGAGUUAAAUCUCAGACUUGAAAGUAGCAUAUCAGACAGAGAUGCUGUCACAAUAUUGCUAAACAAGCAACACAAAGAGAAUCAAGAGCAGUUACUGAAUGAGGUACAAGAACUGUCUUCCAAAGUUGAACUGCUGACUGUAGAAAAAGCAGCUGCUCUUGAGCAGGUGGACCACUGGAUGAAUAAGAUGUCAGAAUGGAAAAAGAAAGCCCAGUUAAGGUUUACACAAAACCAUAAUACCAUUAAGGAAUUACAAAACAAAGUUGAAUUGAGUAAUAAUCAAGCUUGUGAAAAAGAAGAGGAAUUGAACAGAAUGAAGAGGGAAUGUGAUCAACAAAGCAAACAUUUAGAACAUUUGAAAGGCUUAAUAGAACAAAAGCAGAUCAGAAGAGACAAACAAGAAUCUGAUUUAGUGGCUGAAUUAAAAAUCCAUACAGCAAGAAUUGCUGAACUAGAGGAACACAUUGCUCGAAAAACGUCAGAAAACGAUUCUUUAAUGGAUGAGCUUAAAAAAUAUAAUGAGCAACAUGGUGAAAAAAAAGAACUGGAACUAAAGCUUCAACAGGUUGAGGUAGCAGUUGAGGAAAAGGAUAAUAGACUUAAGGAAAUGGAAGAAAAAGUAUUAAUUUUUGAACAGAAAGUGCAGUCUAUGGAAGUUGAUCUUGAGGAAAAAUCAAAAGAAUUUGAAGAAACAAAAGUGGCUCUAAUGAAAAGUAAAGAGGAGGAAUUAAAGGCUUUAGAAGAGAAGCUUAUUUCAGAAACAACUGCUAAAAUAGCAGACCUGAAAAAAAAGGCUGAACAAAAAAUUGCUUCUAUUAGAAAGCAAUUGACUUCUCAAAUGGAAGAAAGAGAACAACAAUGUAGACAAGACAUGAAAAAGCAGUUAGAACAAAAAUUGCAAGACAAAGAAAACAAGAUAAUAUCUUUAGAGGAAAAAAUGAGAUCAAGAGAUUCAGAGUUAGAAAAGGAGAUUAUACAGAAAGUGGAAACAGUAAAAGUUUCCACAGAACAGGACAAAGCCCAUGCAUUGGAGAACAUGCAGCAGAUAUACGAAUUAAAAAUUGAUGCUUUACAGAAAGAUUUAUUGGAAAAAGAGAAACUACUAAAAAUGCAUGAUGAAGAACAAAAAGCAAAUGAUAUUUUAAAACUAGAGGUACAGAAUCAACAAGAAGAACUCCAUAAAAGAAAACAAGAAGAUCAUAUCAUAAUUGAAAAGCUUCAGCAAGAACUUGAGGAGCAAACAAAGAAACAAGCUAUAUUGCUUGAACAAUGCAAAAAGAAUGAUAGUGACCUAGCAAACAUCAGAGAAGAAUUUAAACUCAAAGAGCAAGAACAACAGAAUAUGGAAAAUGUCAUUAAAGAUUUGCAAGAGAAACUAAAAGAAAAGGAAAAAGAAGGGCAGUCUUUGCAGCAGGUGAGAAACAGUUUUGAUGAGGAUUUAAUGAAAGAGAAAGAAAGGCACAGAAUUGAAAUUGAAGAAAUAAUUUCAAAGUAUGAUGAAAGAUUGCUGGGGCUUCAAGAGCAGCUGGGUGAAAGAAGUAGCCUUAUAAAAGCUUUGGAAGAAAGCACAGAAGAAAAGACUAAAUCAGUCCUUGAACUUCAGAAAUUGCUUGAUGAUUUACAAACCCAGCAGAAGGAUAUACAAAGUAAACUGGAAGAGACUGAGCGGGAGAAGCAGAAACAGCACAGAGAUCUGAAUAAGCUGCAGAAGGAUUUGCGGACUCUGCGGAAGGAACAUCAGCAGGAGUUGGAAAUAAUGAAGAAAGAAUCCUUGGAGGAAAUGGAACAGAAAAUAAAAUAUGAGAAAGAGGACAUUGAAUUGAAGCACAACUCCACAUUAAAGCAAUUGAUGAGGGAAUUCAAUACCCAGCUGGCACAAAAGGACCAGGAAUUAGAAACAGCUGUAAAAGAAACUAUCAGUAAAGCCCAAGAGGUUGAAUCUGAACUAAUGGAAAGCCACCAUGCAGAAAUAACUCAGUUACAUAAAAAGAUUCUAGGAAAAGAUGAUGACCUACAAAGGACAGUAAAAAAAUAUGAAGAAAUACUAGAGUCUCGUGAAGAAGAAAUGACAGGAAAAGUAAAUGAGCUGGAAAAACAGCUGGAGAAAUUACAAGAGGAAUAUAAACAAAGACUGGAGGAUGAAGAACGCAUGGACAGUGGUGAAGUAACACUAGCAGAACUUCAGGCCCAGCUAGCCCAGAAGACAACACUUCUCAAUGAUUCAAAGUUAAAAGAACAGGAAUUCAGAGAACAGAUCCAUGCACUGCAAGACCGGUUGAAAAAAUAUGAGAAGAACAUGUAUGUCACAACAGUUGAAACUCCUUAUAGAGAUGGAAACCUGUGUCAUUCAGAUAUCUCUCUCUUUGGAGAACCAACUGAAUUUGAAUACUUAAGGAAAGUGCUGUUCGAGUAUAUGAUGGGUCGUGAGACAAAGACGAUGGCAAAAGUUAUAACAACAGUGCUGAAAUUUCCUGCUGACCAAGUACAGAAGAUUUUAGAACGAGAAGAUGCUCGAACAGUGUUCAAUCCACCUCGUGUUGGUUUCUGAAUAAAUCAUCAAUCACUGCUUUACGUAGCAUGUGGUCUUGGCUACGACCAUCCUCUUGAAGAACCUGUGACACGUGCACUUUGUAGCAGAUGGCACUUCUGAUCGUAUCUCCAUAGUAGCUCUUGGAGAAAUGAAUAGAGAACUGUUAUUCAAGGCCCCACAUGAAAGAAGCAAGUGAGUGGACAAAAAGUUUAGGGGGGAUAAAAAUAGAAAACACAGCAAUGUUAUUAAAACAAUAUGUUGC